GUCAGCAGUGUGGAUUAUGAGUAGACGUAGCCCUACUUAACACAGUGUGCAACAACUUCACAGGACUUUUACAUUAUCUUUUUUUAAAGCUGUAGCUAUACGCCGGUUUUAUUUUGUCUAAAUCUUAUUGUACAUAACGUGACAGCUAUACGUAUCGCUGAAGAUGUCAGUGGUGGGAUUUGACUUGGGCUUUCAAAGCUGCUAUGUAGCUGUAGCCCGAGCCGGGGGGAUUGAGACCGUCGCUAAUGAGUACAGCGACAGAUGCACACCGUCAUUUGUAUCAUUUGGCCCACGAAAUCGAGCUAUAGGAGCUGCUGCAAAGAGCCAGGUGGUGACCAACUGUAAGAACACUGUGCAGGGCUUCAAGCGAUUCCAUGGCAGAGCUUUCUCAGAUCCCUAUGUCCAGUCAGCAAAAUCUAAACUGGUGUACGACCUGGCACAGAUGCCCUCUGGAUCCACCGGCAUAAAAGUGAUGUACUUGGAAGAGGAGAAAGUGUUCAGCAUCGAGCAAGUCACCGGCAUGCUACUGAACAAACUGAAGGAGACUGCUGAAAGUGCUCUGAAGAAACCAGUCGUGGACUGUGUCAUCUCGGUGCCGAGCUAUUUCACUGACGCAGAGAGAAGGUCUGUCAUGGACGCAGCUCAGAUCGCAGGCCUCAACUGUCUACGGUUAAUGAAUGAGACCACUGCAGUGACUCUGGCAUAUGGUAUCUACAAGCAGGACCUGCCAGCUCCAGAAGAGAAGCCCAGGAUAGUGGUGUUUGUAGACCUGGGUCACUCCGGUUACCAGGUGUCAGUUUGUGCCUUUAACAAGGGGAAGCUCAAGAUCCUGGCUUCAGCGUAUGAUUCAGAGCUCGGCGGGAAGGACUUUGACGACAUCCUGGUCAACCACUUCUGUGAGGAGUUUGGGAAGAAAUACAAGCUGGAUGUCAAGUCCAAGCCGCGGGCUCUGGUGAGGCUCUACCAAGAGUGUGAGAAGCUCAAGAAGCUGAUGAGCGCUAACUCCUCCGACCUGCCUCUCAACAUCGAGUGCUUCAUGAACGACAUUGAUGUUUCCGGCAAACUCAACAGAGGUCAGUUUGAGGAGAUGUGUGCGGGGCUGCUGGCCAAAGUGGAGGGUCCCCUGCGCAGCGUCAUGGAACAAGCUAAGAUGAAAAAAGAAGAUAUCUAUGCAGUGGAGAUUGUCGGCGGAGCCUCCAGAAUCCCCUCUGUCAAAGAGCGAAUUGGCAAAGUUUUCGGCAAAGAGCUAAGCACCACUCUGAACGCAGAUGAGGCUGUGGCCAGAGGCUGUGCUCUGCAGUGUGCUAUCUUAUCACCGGCAUUCAAAGUCCGAGAGUUCUCCAUCACAGAUGUUGUUCCCUACUCCAUCUCCCUAAAAUGGAAUUCUGCUGCAGAGGAAGGACAGAGUGAUUGUGAGGUCUUUCCAAAGAACCAUGCAGCUCCCUUCUCCAAAGUGUUGACCUUCUACCGGAAAGAGCCCUUCUCCCUUGAGGCCUACUACAACAACCCCAAGGAGCUGGCCUACCCCAGCGCCUCUAUAGGCCAGUUCGUGGUCCAGAAUGUGGUUCCUCAAGCAUCAGGGGAGAGCGCAAAGGUCAAGGUCAAAGUUCGGGUCAACGUUCACGGUGUGUUCAGUGUAUCCAGCGCCUCACUAGUAGAGGUUGUGAAAACAGCUGAGGGAGAAGAGCCAAUGGAGACAGACCAGGCAGGGAAGGAAGAGGAGAACAAAAUGCAGGUGGAUCAGGAGGAUCAGAAACACCAGGCCGGAGACAACGGAGACAAGAAAUCAGAAGCUGAGGAGAUGGAGACAACGACAGAGGAUGCUAAGCAGGAGAAGAAGAAUGAACCGCCUCAGGCAAAGAAGCCCAAAGUGAAAACGAAGACAGUGGAGCUGCCCAUAGAGAACAAUUUGCACUGGCAGCUGUCCAGUGACGUACUAAAUGUGUUUGUGGAGAAUGAGGGGAAAAUGGUCAUGCAGGACAAGCUGGAGAAGGAGAGGAACGAUGCAAAGAACUACGUAGAAGAGUAUGUGUACGAGAUGAGGGACAAACUGCACGGCUCCCUGGAGAAGUUUGUGAAUGAAGCUGAUCGUGACACGUUAUCAUUAAAACUGGAAGACACAGAGAACUGGCUGUAUGAAGAUGGAGAGGACCAACAGAAACAAGUUUACAUCGACAAACUAGCUGAACUGAAGAAACUUGGUCAGCCGAUUCUCGAGAGAUUCAUGGAAGCUGAGGAGAGGCCAAGAGCAUUUGAGGAGCUUGGCCGACAAAUCCAGAUGUACAUGAAGAUCAUUGAAGCUUAUAAAGCAAAGGACGAGCAGUACGAUCACCUUGAUGAGCUGGAGGUGACUCGGGUGGACAAACAGGUGAACGAGGCCAUGGUCUGGCUGAACACUAAGAUGAACCAGCAGAACAAUCAGGACCUCACUGUGGAGCCAGUGGUUAAAGUUACAGAGAUCCAGGCUAAGACUAAGGAGCUUUAUUCAGCUUGCAACUCCGUGGUGUCCAAACCUAAGCCCAAGGUAGAGCCUCCCAAGGAGGAGAAGACUGAGAACGGUCCAGUCAAUGGACAGGAGGGAACAGAGAACAAGCCAUCUAACCCAGACAAAACCACAUCUGCAGGCACGGAAAAGGAAACAGCGGAGAACAAGCUCCCUGAAAUGGACAUUGACUAACUGUUGCAGCGGCCACUCCCCGAGUUUCACCUCUGCUUGUCACGCUACUCGCCCCCCCCAAUUCUGUCAUUCUUCUGAGAUUGUUAUUGACCAUACAGUAGCAUCUGUCUUGAACACACAGACAGCAGCAUCCUUAAUCGAUACUAUUACGUACAGCAAUCAGCCUUCAGCGGCAUGUAAUUUCUCAUUUUCUUUGAUGAAUACAAAGAUAUUGCAUAAUAAUAUUGAAUGGACUACUUUAUGACAUAAGUCGUGAGCGUGGGAUGGAACCUGCUUUCUUCAUGUUGCUUUGAUGACCAUUAUGUCAAAGAUUGUUUUUAUUCAGCAUCUUCUGAGCAUAUUUAAGACGAGAAUGUAUGUCAGAUUUGAAUACUUGUAAACAAAGGGGUCGAGCAGAAGAAAACUAGUAAUUCACAUGGGAGUGAUGAAAAUGUAAAAUAUUGCAGUAUGUCUGGAUAAAGUAUAGAUGCAGUACAUGUACAAGCAAACAUGAAUUGUUCCAAGUUGUACAUGACACAUUUUUUUCUUUUUUUUUCAAUACAAUAAUUUUAACUGCUGGAUAAUGAUAUAUUUGGUUUAAAAGGAAAGAAGGUGUUUUUGUUGAGUUUACAUGUACUGUAUGUUGAAACUAGAUACUACAAGUUACUGUCAUGCAGUAUUUUCAUCGUUUGGCUUUUCUCAUUCAAAAGCAAUGGUCCGUUGGUUGUUCUCUGGUAGCCUUGUAUUGUUUCUUUUCUACUUAACAGUGAAUGCUGGUCAAAUGAAUCACCUUCUUGGGUGCUGCUAUUGUUGCCAGGUCACCAAAAAAAAGCAAAAAUAAAUCUUGACAAA